AUGGAGAUCGCCAACCUCGAUGUGGAGAUCCGAGACAAGACCGCAGAGAUUGAAGAUGCAGAGGAUGAGGAGACUGUGGCGAGACUCACUGCUGAGAUCGAACAGCUCAAGGAUCGUAAGCAGAAGCUGAAGGAAAGAGCCAGAGAAGAAGACAGAAAGGCCAAGGCCAUCAAGCAGGCCGGGCAGUUCAAGCUCACAAGCGAGAACGUGCUCUCGCAGGAGUGGCAUGAUAGCCGCUACUAUGGGGCAAGGAAGGCUGGCGUGAAAGACGAGGAGUACCAGAACGAUAUCCUUGAAGGCGUCGAGACAGAAGGCGUGGAGGACAUUGGCGGUGGAAAGGUGCGUGUCCUGACGGGCGAUGCACGUGUCGCCAAGAAGAGCCAGCUGAGGCAAGCGGACCAGACCAAGUUCGUGCAGGCAGCAAGGAGGUACCGGAGUCUGACACAAGCUGAGGUGUCAAGGUUUAAGGUAGAGACGAAGGAGGAUGAGGCGAAGGUUAUGGAAAAGAAGCGGGUGAACCUGUUCGCCAAGAGGCUGAGGCACAUGACGCCUCAGAAGAAGCUGGAGAGGAAACAGCGAGUAGCGGCCGCGAAGAAGAGGAGAACUGUCUGCAGGAGCAUGGUUUGGCAUGGAAAGUGCAAAGAUGGAGACAAGUGCAAGUUCGACCAUGACGUGGCCAAGUACGAGAAGGCCAACCUGUGCCCGCAGUUCAUACACGGGCAUUGCAGGCAGCUGACGAAGUGCAAGAUGAAUCACGAUGCGGUGGAGCGAGAAAUCUGCCGAAUCCUGAAGAGGCAGAAGAAGGUGAAGAGGAAGAAGAGCGAGGCGCAGACAGGUCAGAAAGGAGCGAGUCGGACCUCUGGUCCGGCCGACUCCGAUUCUGGCGGUUCUGCAAUGGAGCAAGAGGAUGCAAAAAGUACGGUGAGGCUGAUCGAGGCCAAGGAUGUGAAGAGUACAGUGAGGUUGGUCGAGGCCAAGGAUGUGAAAGAUCCCUCAUCGUUUGAGGCUCCCUAUGCAGAGCAAGGAGAAUGGAUCUCCAUGAAUUUCGACACCGGAGCGGCUGUCACGGCGAUUCCAAAGAAGCUGAGCGACUACUUGGAGUUGAAAGGUGACCCUAACUCCAGCAGCUACAAGACGGCCAGUGGUGAGUUGCUUCCAGACGAAGGCGGGGCAGUCAUGCGUGGAUAUACUAAUGACUGCUGCGGACGAAGCAUAGAGGGCCGCUUGGUGGAUGUCCAUCGAUUGCUGGUCUCAGGAAGUGCGGUGUCGAAGAAGAAUGUGGUGAUCCUGGAUGGCAAUGAGGGUUGGAUUAUCCCCCGGGACAGCAAGAUCGGCAAAGGCGUCCGCGCGACUCGCGACGACCUCAUCAACCAGAACUACAAGGAGGCAAAGAUGAUCACGAAGAUGUACGAGAGGAAAGGCAUCUUUCUCUUCGACCUGUGGAUGGACAAGCACACCAAGAUGAAUGGUGUGGAUGCCAAGGAGCUCGGAGCAGUGCAAGGUGAAGAGUCUGCUGAGGGUGAAGGUGGUCGGAAGCCGAAGCUGUUGCGAUCGCCGGUCACCAUGACAGUAGACGAGAUUGAGGAGCACGAAACGCAGGCGACCAUCCAUAGGACCUGGUGUGGUCACUGCAUGCGUGCUCGUGGACUACACGAACGACAUGCUUCAGAAGCUCAGAAGGGAAAGGAUGAGAGAGGAUUGCCGAUCAUCUCCAUGGACUACUUCUGGAUGGGCAAGGACUCCAAGAACAGAGACGUGCCGGAUCCUGAGGGUGAGUUACCGUCUCUGCAGAUCAAGGAUGAACACACAGGCUUUGUAUGGGCCAGUGUGGUACCGGCGAAAGGGGCGGACCUCUACGCCGUCAACUUUGCCAUCCAGAGCGUCGAGGAGAGCGGCUACCGGAGGAUCGUGCUCAAAUCGGACAAUGAAUCGUCAAUCAAAGCUUUGAAGAGUGCGAUCAAAGAGGGAAUCAAGAGCGUCGAGAUCGUGAUGGAGGAAGGUAAGACAGGUGACUCGCAGUCGAACGGAAGCUGCGAGGUGGCGGUCAGGGAGACCAAGAGGCAAGUCAGGGCGAUGAAGAGCGCCCUGGAAGAGAAGAUGGGUCUGAAGAUCCACUCGAGGUGGAAGAGACCUUCGGUCACCUUCGGGAGAGUAUGGUUUAAGCCUCGGAGUUACGUGCGUUUGGCUUACGACACCAUGCGUGAGGGCCUGUUUCUGGGGGCCCAUGGGCGCAAUGGCGAUGCGCUCACCGAGGGCGUGAAGGGCGGAAGUGUGAAGAGAGUCCCCGACGAGACGAAAUUCGACCAGAUGUGCGGCACGCCAUGGAAGAUGAGGCCAAAGAGGCCUGAAGACCUAGUCGCGCCCGCCGUUGCUCUUCCAGCGGUCCCUGAGGGAGUUCGUUUGAUGCCUGAGCCCUCCGAUAAGGGAUCAGGUCAAGUCAGGAAUUUGUACGUCAAGAAGGCCGAUGUGGAGGGAAACUUCACUCCCGGCUGCGAUGGCUGCAAUGCCAUCGUGGGGCUCCCUGCAAGGUCCCACAGCGUGGAAUGCAGAACGCUGGUUGAGCAAAGGCUCAUGGAGACCGAGGAGGGGCGCGACUGCGUCAUGAGGGCAAGGAAGAGAAAGGCGGAUGCCGCCGGAAAGGAGGAUAAGUCAGGCGACCGAUGGAAGAUCCUGCGGAAGGCCUUCACAGAGCUAAGUCCCCGGACAGAAGGGGACGUGGCCCUGGAAUCGGCCAUGCAGGAGAGAGAGGCCGGAGCUUCGAGCUCUGGGAGCGCUGGAGCACAGCCCUCGGGAGCUGAUCCUGCUAUAAGCUUUCUGGAGAAAGUGUGCAGUGAAGUGCUACUCGGGCUGGACAAGACGUUUGUGCCUGAGACAAUACAUGAGAUGAACCAGCUGUACCAAUCGUUGGGAAUGAGCGGCGCCGACGUGGCCGAGAUCUAUAACCCGAAGCGGUUCACGUCGAAUUCCAACGCGUUCGGUCUGCAGCCAGGCUUCGCGAUUGACUUGACGCUGCAGAAGGAUGAUGAAGGAGAAGCCCGCGUUCUUGAUCGGGUCACCACCUUGUGGGCCUUUCAGCCCACUGCAGAAUCUGAGCAAUCACAGGCGUACUUGGAACAACACCGGAACGGCCGAUACUUCCUUCACGAGCACGCGAAGCCUUCGAGAAGUUGGAAAGAGCCAUGCAUUGAGAAGCUACAAGCCAUGGACGGCGUCUACACGGUGCAGGCUCCGAUGUGCAAGUGGCAUAUGAAGGCUGAAGAUGGGCAAGGAGUUGGAUUCGUGCGCAAAGAGACGUGCUACGUCACCAACUCCGCCGAAAUGGCUAAUUAUAAGGCACUUGAAGGGCGCUGUGAAGGGAGCCACAGGCAUGUCCAUCUGAUCAACGGGCGGGCUCGUGAGGCACAAGUCUACCCGCCGAAGCUGGUGAACGCGAUUUUGAGAGGAAUCAAGAAGGAGCUCAUGAACGCAGGCGAGAUCAGUGAACUGUCUUCGAUCACUGCAGGUCCUUCGCCUGACGAGACAAGCAGCGAGCCCACAGAAUCUUUCUUCGACCCUGACGUCCAGACAGAAGGCGUCUUCUUCGAAUCCGUGACCGGCACGCCUCUGAAGACCGAGAAGGUCUGGGAGGCGAGACGCGAGGAGAUGACAUGGGUGAAGAAACAGGACCUGUACGAAGUGGUGGAUGAGCAGGUGAGCAAGUCGGGACAGCCUUUGAAGUUGCGGCUGAUUGACAUCAGCAGAGCACACUUUGGACAAGCCCGCCGACGGGUGUUUUGCAACUUGGGAGAAGAGAUCCCUGGCAAAUGCGCGCUCCUGAAGCGCAGCAUGUACGGCACCUUGGACGCGGCUUCGAUAUGGCAACACACGUAUGCUGAUGUUCUGAAGAACAACAUCAAGCAAUGCAAUGCAUGGCCCGCGUUGUUCUAUCAGGAAGAUAGUGAUCUGAGAUUCAUGGUGCAUGGGGACGAUUUCAUCUCCCUGGGUGACGACUUCGCCCAGAACUUUCUUGAGAAGGUCCUGAGCGAGAAGUUUGAGUACCGGGUGGAUGGCCAAAUCGGCCCUGAGGCCGCAGACGGCACAGCCAUGUGUGUUCUCAACCGCGUGCUGGAGUUCAACAAGGACACCGGCAUUCUCACCUAUGCAGACCCGCGAAACGCAGAGGACAUCAUCCGUGCCCUGAAUCUGGAGGAGAGCAAGUCAGUAUCCACUCCUGCGGAGAAGCAGAAGCUCACCGACGUGCUUGCUGAAGCCUCCGUGAGCUUGAGACUGCGACAUCGCACAGGCGGUCAAGUCCUUGGCCAGACACAUGACGUCGCCAACUUCGUACUCUUGGGGGCGACUCAAGCGGCUCGGGCGCUACCUUGUGGGAGUUCCGUCUACUGCGACAGCGACCACGCAGGCGACCUCAAGAGUCGCGAGAGCACUACGGGACUCAUCUGCAUGCUCGGCACUCACUGUGUCAAGCACUCAAGCAACCUUCAGAGUACGGUGAGUCUGAGCUCGGGCGAGAGCGAGUUCUACGCUCUGGUGAAAGCUGGGGCAAUGGGGCUCGGCUUGCAGGCCAUGCUGGACGAGUGGCAGAUCCCCACCAGGAUCGUGUUACUCUCUGACAGCUCCGCAGCAGUCGGCACAGAUCGCAACCUGGCAGAUUUGUGCACGAAGCCUGUGCCUGCGGAUGU